UGAGGGGCGGGGCUUCCGCUUCCGGCCGGGGAUUGUUGACGCCUACGCCUGCGGCUGCGGCUGCGGCGUUGGCGACGGACUGUUGGGGAGGGGUAAUUUGGGGAGGAAGACCGAGCAGUGACAGGUACCGCGGUGGGUGCUGCUGAGACGACGAUGGCAGAGGGGCCCGAGGAAGCCCGAGGCCGCCCUCCUGGGCAAGACGAAGGCGGGGGGGACCACGAGCCCGUCCCUUCCCUGAGAGGGCCUCCUACCGCCGCCGUCCCAUGUCCCCGCGACGACCCCCAGGACGAACCCCAGGCCCCGGGCCGGCCCACAGCUCCGGGCCUCGCAGCUGCCGCCGCUUACGAAUCAGAGCCCCCGCGCGAGCUUGGGAAGCGUGGGGAGGCGGCCUCCGGCUCCGGUGCUGGGCCGCCGGAGCAGGCGGGCUGCGAGGCGCCCGAGGCCGCGGCGCCGCGGGAGAGACAGGCGCGGCUGAGCGCCCGUGAGUACUCCCGGCAAGUGCACGAGUGGCUGUGGCAGUCCUACUGCGGCUACCUCACCUGGCACAGCGGCCUGGCCGCCCUCCCCGCCUACUGCAGCCCCCAGCCGUCUCCGCAGAGCUUCCCCUCGGGCGGCGCUGCCAUCCCCCAGGCCGCGGGGCUGCCGCCGGCCCCGCAGCUGGGCUAUUACAACCCCUUCUACUUCCUGAGCCCCGGGCCUGCGGGGCCCGACCCGGGGACAGCUGCCGGCCUCAGCACCCCUGCUCCAGUCGCGAACCUGGGACCCCGGGCUCCUCAAGUGCAGUCGUCGGCCCGGGCCACUCCAGUGACGAGGGUAGGAUCUGCAGCCCCUUCUCGAAGCCCGAGCGAGACCAGGCAGCAGGCAGGCAGAGAAUAUGUUAUUCCCUCCUUGGCUCACAGAUUUAUGGCAGAGAUGGUGGAUUUCUUUAUUCUCUUCUUUAUAAAAGCAACCAUUGUCUUAAGUAUUAUGCACCUCAGUGGGAUAAAGGAUAUCUCUAAGUUUGCUAUGCAUUAUAUAAUAGAAGAAAUAGAUGAAGACACAUCAAUGGAAGACUUGCAGAAAAUGAUGGUUGUGGCUCUUAUAUACAGAUUAUUGGUUUGUUUCUAUGAGAUAAUUUGCAUUUGGGGAGCAGGUGGAGCUACCCCAGGGAAGUUCCUGCUGGGGCUUCGAGUUGUGACAUGCGAUACAUCAGUGCUUAUUGCACCAAGUCGGGUUUUGGUGAUUCCUUCCUCAAACGUUAGCAUUACAAUGUCCACUAUACGAGCUUUGAUCAAGAAUUUUUCUAUUGCUUCUUUUUUCCCUGCUUUCAUCACACUGCUGUUUUUUCAGCAUAAUCGAACAGCCUAUGACAUUGUAGCAGGAACCAUUGUGGUAAGAAGAAAUGGGGUCAGAUGAUGUCCCCCAAAGCCCUGAUUUCCACACGCUGUAAUGACAAGACUAAAUUAUGUAUCAAGGCCAUCAGUAUUCCUGGGUUACACUAAUUGAUGAUUUAGAAAUUAAAGCAGUCACUACAGUAUGAUGCAGGUGACUGUUCCGAAAGUACGGAUUUUACUCGAAUGCCAAAGAACUUUUCCAACAGAAAAACCUAUUAAGUUCAAGUAAAUUUUUAGAUCAAAAAGGCAAAUGAUUUUAUAAACAAUGGACAAUAUAUACUUUCUUAAAGAUCUAAGGCAUUAGGAUUUGCUGAAAGCAUUUUCAGCUUGGAAAUCUCCAAAUGAAACUUUAAAAUUUGUUUUGGUUUACCCCAAAAUAAUGGAAAAUGUUCAGCUGUGUUUUGUAAACACCUAUGUAACUCAUCUUUUAGUUUUCAUAUUCCUGGGGAAAUUGUCUUUGGUGUUUAGGGGAGGGAAUGAGAACACAAAUUGGACAAUCCACUCUCUCCCAUACCAGGAGAUGGUGAGUUAGCUGCAAGAGAAAGGGAAAGUGAGGCAGGCCUAGCAGUUCCCUUACCUUUAGUUUCCAGUCUGUACUGCAGUUCCCGCUGGUGAUGAUGUAACUUUACAAUUAUUCUUAAUGCUUGAACAUGUAUUUGGGGACAAGUUUCUCAUGAUGAUGAAAAUGUAUUAAGUCAUUUUUUUAAGGUAAGUUAGUACAUUUAAUGGUGGGAGGAGUAAAUUUUUCACUGUACAUUUAACUUAUAAUUUAUGUGCAAGUGUUUUCAGUGCCCUGAAUCAAACUAUAAAUAUGUGGGGAGAAAUUACUUCCAUCAAACUAUUGCAUAUUUACUGUAAAAGUAUUUCCAGUAUGUUUGUAGCAUGAAGAAAGUAUUAGUGCUUUUCAGUAUUCUCAAUGAGUAUAAAUUCUAUUUAUAUACAGCAUACUCACAUACUACUUUCCUUAUGUUUUAUAUAGUUCCAUGACUGUUGAAACAUUAAGAAGUUAAAAAAAAAUUUCAUGAUUAACUCUAAAUACUAUUAAUAGCUUGUGAAAUACUACCAUUAUGGACUAUUCUCUCUAAAGCAAGGGAGUGUCAUUCCCAGACAUUAUUCUAGGUUCUGUAAGCUCAUUUUGGGUCUGCUAGGGAUAAAGUUUGGGGGAAAAUGUUAAGCUAAGUAAUACUAUGUCCACUGCCAUUUUGCUUUAUUGUUCUGUUGAAGCAAAACUGUAGGGUUUUAUUAUAUGUGUGUGCUUUUGCUAGAUGUCCCAGUUAGCUGUGCUGAGAUGUACCUGUACUAUUUAUGGUUUAUUUUGAUUCUUGGGUAUCAUUGUCUUCCAAAGACAUACUAAACUGUAUUGCACAGUUCAAAAUUUGAUUAUUUAAGGGAUCUAGGCAUUUGGUCUUGGUCUUAAUAGCAAAUACAUGUCUAUUACCACUGUAUUUUCAAAGAUUUUUCUUUGACAUUUAAAACUGUGACAAAACAAGUUUAUAUCAAAUCCAGCUUCCCAGAAACACUAAUAUUUAAGUAUGUCAACGUACUAAAUAAAUCAUUCACAUGCACCCAUGGGGAAGAUUUAGUGUUACUGCCCUUCACAGUAAAAAACAAUCUUUCCUUUUUAAAAUUAGAUCAGGAAAUGUUACAUAACUUGGCGCUUUAGUAGUGUAUACACUAGCAUUACUUUACACACUAGUUUUGCCACUGGGAAAUUCAAGUUGAAAUGUCCCUCAGUCAUAGAGCUCUGGAAUAUAUGUUUCAUAAUUUCUGCUCAGAUAAUACCUUGCCUAUAGGCUAUUUUUGUUCAUACUAUAAAACAAAGGCCAGUCAUUCAGAUUACUAUCUAUGUAGGUUCCGUCAGAUCCAACCAUGGGUUCGAGUUACUAUACUAUACUAUAUAACCCUAUAAUAUAUAAAAGUAUUAUUACUUUGCCUCUAUAAUAGAACCCGAAGUCUGUUUCAGUUUAUGAAUUCGCCAUUUGCACAAAGAGAUUUUGAUUCCCCAAGUUUGGGAAAGAAUGACAAAACAAUGAGGGAAGAAGGAGCCAGGCUUUAGUGCCACAUAUUUUUAGCUUGGGGUUGUAAGCUAGAGUCUCCAUUCAAGAACACUUUACUGUAUUUCACUUACAGACCUGAUUUCCUGUGUCAAAGUAUAAUUCUCAUGCUGAAGCUCUAACCUAAAAAGGCAGAAGAAAGUUAUCUUCAUUCUACAACAUAUUCAUCACUUAUAAUAAGGGAACAAAAUUUAGAAUUCAAGCUGAGUGAGAAUACUGCUUCAAUGAGCAUGUUCCCUAAGAUAAACCAGAAUGGGCAGUUGAUUUAGGUGUCUAGAAAAUCAGUUCCCACCAGUAAAAAUAUGCUGAGGGGCACAUUGAGAAAAAUCUGACAUACUGAAUAAAUAAUGUUCAUAUGGGAGCCAGGAGCUGGGUUAGCCUUGCCUUUAGACUGUGACUCCAGAAAUAAAGGCACUUUUGGAACUGAUAAUAUCCUUAACUUGUAUCAUAAAAAGGAUUGCCCAACUGAACUUUGCUCCCACCAGCUCGGUAUUUAUUUCUGCCUAAGCACUCACCUUCCAAUUUUACCCAAGUAUCUAGGAUAGAAAAAAAAUGCAUUAUAUUUGAGAGCUACUUCGCCCGCAUUACAAAAUGAGUCAGUGUAUUUAGUUUCAAGGGACAGGAAAAAGAAAGGAUUUGUUCCCUUCAGUGAAUUCUUUGGGUAUUUUAGUUAUGCAUAAGUUUCCAGCAAAGAAAGGGUAGUAAAGAGUUGAAAAUUAUACUACUUGGGAACAAAGGGCUUUUUGAGGGGGAUAUGGAUAUUAAAUGUUUCCAUUAUAUACUUAUCCCUAUUAAGAUAGGCAGUUGUUUCUUUGAAUAUGCCUAAAUAACAGUAUUCCUAAAAAUCUGACAAGAAACAUGUCAAUUACCUGACGUUCCUUGUCCCCAGUACUAUAGGCCACUCACGAUAUCACGAGCUUGCCUGGAUAAAGUUCCUCAUUUCAAACAGUGUACAUAUUUCUUUAUGGUUCAUUAUAAUAAGGCUUGACCUGUAAACAGUAUCUGAUGGCCCACCUACAAAUAAAAUUCAGCAUUCUAUUUUUAGUAAUUUGUAUGCCACCAAUUUGUAUUACUUGUCUCAAUAAAUACUUAGUCAUCAA